AUGAUUAACGCGAAACGCGUAUGUAACUUAUUUUGUAGGCGCCAGUCUGCACUGGCGGCCUCUCGUUUAGGAGGAUGGAGCGGCCGGCCUUCCUUAUGUGCAUCGACUCGCAAACCUCCAUUGAGGCCGUCGCCGCUACGGUUGGCUACUUGCCACUAUCGUAGUUAUUCUAGUGCGACGAAUGAUUGCGAACCGUCCGGUUCGACGCCAAACAGCGCGGUAGAUGGCACUGGAGUCGAUGGCAGCGUCGGCACCGAGCAGCCUUCCACUGGGCAUUCUGAGCCAGUGGAUUCCGAUACGUUUGUACGUCUCAUAUCCUCCGUGAACGACCGAAAUUCGUCAUUUGUGGUCGCUUUGCAGAAGUUCAAAGACCAGUUACAGGCCGAUUGCUCAAGAGCGUACCCGUUCCGCCUCCGAGACUUGCGAACGUUGUUGGAAUUCAGUUCGCAGCUAUUGGGUAUGCAGAGUGACCCACAUGCAGCAGAUGUCAUAUCCGGAGCAUUUGAACUAUUCAAAUCAGAUGGCGACGCCGCAGCUGCAUUCCACCUAUGUCGCCUGUUUUCGUCUUUUAAUAACUGCCUCGGGCGUACCAUGACGUCCAGUGUUUUCCAGCGUGUAGUCAAUAAUCGCGUGGGUAUGAUGGGAGCCAAGUUUCUCUCUCCGAAAAAGAUGGACAACCUCCGGGAGAAAUUGGGCCCCGGUGCGGAGAUCGCAAUGAAGUUUCUGGCCUCAGCUUUAACUGAACGCGACAUCACGGGCUUAGAGGGAUGUUGCGAGAAGUCACUGUUUGACUUCUUAAAUCAGGGGCUGGGCUACCUGGAUCGCAUGGGUUUGAAGCUUAAGUUUGAGGUGUCUGAUGUGAAGGACACAAAACUGGACGUAUUCUGGCUGACUAUCGGAGGGAAGCGCGGGAACGAGAUCUCUUCGCCAUAUCUGAUGAAGCAGGCGCUCGCACAUCAGAUUCUGGUUGAAUUGCCCAAGAAAUCGGGUUCAUCCUCGGGAUCAACAGGCGAUGAGAUGCCAAUGAAUAGGCAACAAAAUCGCGAAUUGGUGAUGAAGACGUUCGAGAAAGGUAUACUAGCUCGUAUGGAGGUCUUGCUGACUGUGCGCCAGUCCUUGAGCCUGGUUGACUCUCGUGGAUCGACCGUAUGGGAGGACAAUAAGAAGAUAGCCACUCACAAGCUGACAUUUGAAUCUGAAAUUGCCAUGCGUUCGCGCGACGGUGAUGAUAUAGACACUAAGGACUGGACGGUCGUUGACAUAAACGGCGUGCUCAACAGCAACGCGCCGUUCACUGCUCAAUGA